ACUGCUGCUGCUUGUGUGUUUCAGCGUUUAAUACGACAGGAGGACGACAUGUCUCUUUUACUGGAUAACCAAUUCAAAGAGCUGCCUCCUGACAACUCUAUAGACACGAAGCUGUUCCUCGAGACCGUCUCUCAUCUCCCGUCUUUUUUUGACUGCCUGGGAUCAAAAGUGUUUACAGUCAUCAAAUCAGACAUUAAUGGCAAUAUAAUGAAAAUUAAAGCAGUAUAUCUGAAGGAUCCUGAGAGGUAUGUCACCCUGCAGCACAUUUUGGAGGCAGAGCGUCAAGACAAUGCUGCAGAAUGGCCUAAAAUCGGUGCAACAUUAGCUCUGAUGUGGCUGAAGAGGGGUCUCCGUUUCAUACAGAUCCUGCUGCAGAGUAUGGCAGACGGAGAGAGAGAUGAGAACAACCCCAACCUUAUUCGGGUCAAUGUCACCAAAGCCUACGAACAGGCGCUGAAGAAAUACCACGGCUGGCUUGUUCAAAAGAUUUUCCAAACGGCGUUAUAUGCAGCUCCUUACAGAUCGAACUUCCUCAAGGCUCUGUCGAAAGGAGAGGAAGUGAAAGAUGAGGACUGUCUGUCGAAUGUCAGUCAGUUCCUGGUGAAUUACACAGCUACUGUAGACGCCAUCUACAACAUGUACACAAAUCUGAAUGCAGAGCUGGACUACACGGUUUGAUCACCGCUGGACCGGAGGUGCAGGAGCAUCCUCCACCCGGCAUCCCUCUCAGGUGUUAGUCCAGUAUUUUAAAGGUUUUUCUGAUGAGAUUUUCUUCCUUCCAGUGUGAUAUUUAUUAAUUUGAUUAUGCCUUACUAAAUAUUAAUGCUGUAUAUUCGGUCUUAAAAUGAUGCAGAUGGUUAUUUUUUUUCAUUCUUGUAUAUAAUUUCAAGUAAUUACAGGAUUGUUACAGCAACAGUGCAGCUCUAACUCUUAUACAGGAUUAUAUGACUGUGUGUGGGUUGCUGCUUUAUUUUUUGACACAAAUAACACAAACACUGUAAACACUGUUAUGUGGGUUACAGGUUACAUCGAAAUUGCUGUUAAUGGUUCAGAUUCAGAUGUUCUGAGCCUCCUGAGGCCUGGACUUACCUCUGCUGUUAACCUGGGAGCAGCAGCCUCAUGGGUAAUUUUACAUUUUAACAGCCCAUUUCAGUUGUUUAGUAAUUGCUGGAAUCCACUUAGUGCCUUAGUGUUACUGAAUAAAAAAACACAAUGUUUUCAAAUUAGCAUUUAUAUAUUGGCCUACAAGACAAACGCUAACACAGCCAGAGCUUUUUCCUUCUAUUGAGGGUUUUACCUGUGUGGAGUUUGUGGUUUGUUCUGCAUUUACUUGCUGUGGAGGGUGUGGUCGUUUGUACUGUUCCUAUUGUUUCGUGAUCUGUUAUAUAAAAUAUUUUUUUAUUUUAGGAGACAGCACAUCAUGAUAAUGACUCAUUAAUUAGAUUGACAUUUUCUGUGUAAAUACUUGCUGUUUGAUUCUGGAUAUGAUUAUGAUUAAAAAUUCUUAUCGA